AGGAGGGGGAGAGAGAGGGAGAGCAAGGGAGAGAGAGGGAGAGUGCGAGCGUGAGCAGAGCCUCCCGCUGCUGGAGGAAGGGAGUGACUGAAGGGGCUGGCGAGGGAAGGGACAGGAUGGCUUAGAAGCCUCCGGCCACAGGACCCCACGACAGGGAGGAGCUCUAGGCAGAGUCCGAGGCUGUGGUAAUGGCUGGGGCUGGAGAGUCCCCUCGAGGGCCCUGAGCGCCUCUGCACCGCCUCUAAGGGAGGUCCAGAAGUUAGCAUCAGUGGGACUGGAAGCUCCGAUCUCAGCAAAUCUGAGACACAAAGAAAGGAGAAAGGGAGUUAUAAAGAAAAAACCUCAGGCUCUGGGCCCCAUGAGCAAGAACCCAGAUAUCAGCUCUGCCAGGCAUCCCAGCCAUGGCUGGCGAUUCUAGGAAUGCUAUGAACCAGGAUAUGGAGAUUGGAGUCACUCCCAGGGACCCGAAGAAGAUUCCCAAACAGGCCCGCGAUUACCUCCCCAUCGCCACUGACCGUACUCGCCUGCUAGCGGAAGGCAAGAAGCCCCGCCAGCGCUACAUGGAAAAGAGUGGCAAGUGCAACGUCCAUCAUGGCAACGUCCAAGAAACCUACCGGUACCUGAGCGACCUCUUCACCACCCUGGUGGACCUCAAAUGGCGCUUCAACCUGCUUGUCUUCACCAUGGUCUAUACCAUCACUUGGCUGUUCUUUGGUUUCAUUUGGUGGCUGAUUGCUUACAUCCGGGGUGAUCUGGACCAUGUUGGUGACCAGGAGUGGAUCCCUUGUGUUGAAAACCUCAGUGGCUUUGUGUCUGCCUUCCUGUUCUCCAUUGAGACUGAAACCACCAUUGGGUAUGGCUUCCGGGUGAUCACAGAGAAGUGUCCAGAGGGCAUCAUACUUCUCCUGGUCCAGGCCAUCCUUGGCUCCAUCGUCAAUGCCUUCAUGGUAGGGUGCAUGUUCGUCAAGAUCAGUCAGCCAAAGAAGAGAGCAGAGACCCUCAUGUUUUCCAACAACGCGGUCAUCUCCAUGAGGGAUGAGAAGCUCUGCCUCAUGUUCCGGGUGGGUGACCUUCGCAACUCCCACAUUGUGGAGGCCUCCAUCCGUGCCAAGCUCAUCAAGUCCCGGCAGACCAAAGAAGGGGAGUUCAUCCCCCUGAACCAGACGGACAUCAACGUGGGCUUCGACACUGGGGAUGACCGUCUCUUCCUGGUGUCUCCACUCAUCAUCUCCCACGAGAUCAACGAGAAGAGCCCUUUCUGGGAGAUGUCUCGGGCCCAGCUGGAUCAGGAGGAGUUUGAAGUCGUGGUCAUUCUAGAAGGGAUGGUGGAGGCAACAGGCAUGACUUGCCAGGCACGGAGCUCCUACAUGGACACAGAGGUGCUCUGGGGCCACCGAUUCACACCAGUCCUCACGUUGGAGAAGGGUUUCUAUGAGGUGGACUACAACACCUUCCAUGACACGUACGAGACCAACACGCCCAGCUGCUGUGCCAAGGAGCUGGCAGAAAUGAAGCGGGAAGGCCGGCUCCUCCAGUACCUCCCUAGCCCGCCCCUGCCAGGGGGCUGUGCUGAGACAGAGCUGGAUACAGAGGCUGAGCACGAGGGGGAGGAAGAGCCUGAGGGUCUGAGUGGGUCCCGGGAGAACAGGGGCUCCGUGUGAGGACUGUACUCGCCCCAGAACCUCCUCUCCCUGGCCUCUGAGCCCAGUACCGGCUGCAGAGCGGGGGGAGGAGGGUGUGAAUGAGCUGAGGGUGCGGUUUGGGGAGCCCAGGAGCCAUCAAGGCUCUGUGGGGAGGAACAGUGUAUCCCGUCCUGGAAGCUCCCAGCUCAGGCCUCCCUGAGCAGGUGGCCCCCGCCUGGGCCCCUGAGGUGGUGCUGACCUCUUUCCUGCCAGCUGCUGUCAGCACGGCUCAGGGCCAGGCUGGGAUGGGGUUCCCCACAAUGAGAGUUACAGGGCGGCCUCUGUCUUUGUACACACUUCCCUCUGCCCACUGGCCAGGGUCACCUCCCUCCUUGGGUCUCAAGACCAACCAGCAGCUCUCCUCCAGGGGCUGACACCUAGAGAGGGCCUGCCCCUCAUUCCUACCGCCCUGAGGCUUGUUGUGGGUUCUGCCCACCUGGAAGUGCCACCCCCUGGUCCUAGGGUGAGCUCACAGACCUCAUGGGUCAGGGUCCACGCGACUCAUGCAGGCAGUUCCUCUUGGCUCCCGGACCAGUGUCCACUUCCUGAGAGCUAUGGAGGACCAGGCCCUUCAUUAGUGGUCCGUAAGCAUCUGUGAAGCAUGUGUGUCUCCUCUGUCGUGUUCCGCGUGUCACGUGUAGCCUACCAGAUAACCGAUAUCCUUAGAGUGACCCUCAGAAGGUGGCUUGGGCCACAUCGCACCCCCGGGCACACGUAGAGCUCUCGUCAGCCACGUCCUGGCCAUUCCUGACCACACCGUGGCCCGCUGCUCCCACCCAACAAAGAACCCAGUGACCUGUUCUUUUCUGGUACUUUCGGCCCCAGAAUCUCAAAGUACUUAUAACCUUCACUGUAGCUCUCUUCCACCGCCUCAGCCUGGAGUGUGAUCCACGGAGAAAGCUGGGGUUCCGAAGGCAAGAUGAGCCAGUCAGAACUGAACCGGGAGGGGGGAGAAAAACAGAGGGGCAAGGAAUUAAAUGCUUAAAAUAAGCAUCCCCACCAAACAUUGCGGAGAUAUUCUGACUUCAGCUCAGCGCCCCUAUCUGGGGGGAGGCAGAUGUGAGGCACAGUGGGGGUGGGAGCUCCUGGGGGUGACCGGGCCUUCAGCGCCAGCAGAGAAGCCCCUGGGCCUGCUCCCCACAGGCUGGGCCAGGAGAGCCCGGAUGAAGCCUCAGAAGAGGGAAAGGGAGGAAACGGGUGAAGGCAAUCCAUGGGAGAAUCGGGGAGCCGGGGAGCCUCAAGAGAGAAAAGAGAAAAGAGCAGAGCAGAGCCUUAAAAAGGACAAGUUGCAGAGGGCUUUUCUUUUCCAGUCUGGAGGCCCAGGAGGACGGGCGGCCGGUGCCGACUGUCCUGUCAACGCGGCGCGCCUGGUAUGUGUUGCCGCAGACAGGCUCCUGAUUAGUGGACCUAGACCUGGAGACAGAUUGCAAACGUUUCCUGGCCACAGAAUUAUGGAGUCACAGAUUAUGACUUUCACAGCUCUCAGCUGGCCUUCGAUAACGGAAGCAUUUUCCUGCUGGCUACGAGGUGCCUUCCCUGGGCGUGAGAGAUGCAGCAGAGUGAGGCAGAGGGUGAGGCCGAGCAAAGGGCACGGCAUUGGGACCUCAGGCCCACAUGCCCUCAGGCUGGGUGUUCUAGGUCCAGGGGCUGGUGAGAGAGGAGGCAGGCAGGCUGAGGUGGGGAACUGCCUCUCGGGGGGCUGUCACAGCAGAGGAAGGGGAUCCUUGUGCUUGGACACGUGGCCUGGGUCUUGAGAGGAGGGGCAGGGAUACAGGGAGCAAGCGGGGCUCUUCCUGCCCGGGGCACGGGGCUGAAUCUUGAUUCUAGGCAUUUUUUCUGUGGGGAAGCAGGUCUGGAGGGAAUGGGGAAUGCACUGGAAUCCUGCCCCCCAUGGAAAAGGGAACAAGGCAGCCUUGAGCACCCUGGUGGGGAACUGCAUGCUAUCAGGCAUCUAGGGCCUGCAGUCCCUUAUGAAGAUAGGAUGCCUUGGGGGUGGGAGGAGCUACAGCUGGGAUGGGAGGAGCUACGGCUGGGAUGGGAGGAGCUACAGCUGGGGUGGGAGGAGCUACAGCUGGGAUGGAGGAGCUACAGCUGGGUGGGAGGAGCUACAGCUGGGGUGGGAGGAGCUACAGCUGGGAUGGAGGAGCUACAGCUGGGGUGGGAGGAGCUACAGCUGGGAUGGGAGGAGCUACAGCUGGGGUGGGAGGAGCUACAGCUGGGGUAGGAGGAGCUACAGCUGGAACUCUCAGUGUGGGGGUGUCGGUACUCACCCCGGGGCCUCCUGGAAGACCCAGGGCUUGCCCAGCAGGACUAUUUCCUUGCACCCCAUCCCCCACCCCAAGGCAGAUCUAAAACCGGCCUUAGUCAAAACCCAUCAGUGCCUGCGGGUUACAGCCCUCAGUGAGGCAGCUAAGCAAGGGUGGGGACACCACAGGUGAAGCUAGCCCACAGCUGGACUGGAGCUCAGGGCCUGCUUCACACCUGCCUCUAAAACAGCCCCCAGCUGGCUGGGCGAGCCACUCUCCAGUUCUCUAACUGUGCUGUGGGCUCCGUGAACCCAGGCCCUGUCAUGUCUCUGCCAAUCAUCGAAGCCGUAGAGGCGAGAGAAGCAGAUGAGAUCAAUACACCCCAGCUCCCUGAGAGGUCAGAGCCCACAUGACUGGGAUUAGUCACAUUCGCUGCUUUCCCUCGCGGAAAUCCAGGUGCAGGAAGACUGCCCUUCAUAUCCCAAGGAAACCCUUCUUCACGUGCAGUUGAUACAACUGAAGUUAGAAACAUCGUUCAGAGAGUUUUCUGGAAGUUCUCGUGUAAACAUGCACUUACUCAAUGUAAAGUCCAAUGAGGGCCAGAGUUCCAGUGGAUCACCUGCACCCCAGCCACACGUGGGUCACAGCCCCGAGCUACAGAGCUCCGAGCCCCCCAUCGCUUCCGAUGGGUCACAGAGUGGAGCUAAGCCAGUCUGUAAGGUGAGCCCACUGGUAACUCCCAUAGGCUUCAACAUCUCCCAAAUCGCAAAGCAGGAUCUCAAAGGUCAGUCCCUGAAGGCAUUGGGAGCUAACCUCCUGUCUUCGCUUCCAAGACCUCCCUCUCUGAAAUCGUCCCCUGUAAGGGAGGAGCCCCUGAGAACUCAGAAGAAGGUAAGUUGCCACUAAUUCUCCUCUCCCCGUGAGUCUGACACGUGAUGGGGGUUGACAGCAUUGCCCUGGACCCUGUUUCCAGGCCAGGCAGAGUGGGUAUUGCCCGUGACUCUCCCCUUCAGAGACCACCCAUGUGCCACCAGAACCCAUGUCCUGUCAUUUCCUUCUGCUGCUUGAAGAUCCUGGCCUGAGCCGUUGACCUUGUUGGAGGAGAAAAAGCCCGCGUCUGUCUGGGAAGAACCCGCCUUGCUCACCGUCUGUAACAACUGGGUCCUGCUUUCCAGCCUGCCUCCACCACGGUCUCACAUGAGAGCCAUAGCAACUUGAAAUUUUUGUGCUGAAAUUGCCAAAAACAGACACACACACACACACACACACACACACACCCCAAAAGUUGCCUGUUGUCUCCUAAGAUGCCCUGAACACCUCUCAGCACAUACGCCCUUUCCGGAGCGCCCGCAACAUGCCCAGCAGGGGGUUAGGCACCUCACCUGGAGGAUUGCAUGUAAUUCUCAAACCCUACAGAGAAGCUCUUAGUAACCCCUUGUUACCAAUGAGAGAAGCGAAGUGCAGAGAGGUUAAUUAGUUUGCUCAAGGCCACAGAUGAUAAUAGGCAGGGCCUGUGAGCCAAGCUCCUCCCAAGCAAAUACGGAGGCCAUCGGUGUGCAUUACACCCACCUCCAGGACGUCUCCGGAGCUGGGGCAGGAAUAAGGAGAGCCCCACCUCCUCAGAUCACCAAUUUCUGUGCUGUGCUUUGAACGUCAACCUCCACCCACCAGCAGUGUUCUCCUGUGGCAGGAUAAUUGGGAAACACCUUUCUCUGAUGCCUUGAGAAUUAAUGAGCUGUGAAAAGAGAUUAGAUGGGGAAUUAUUGCUUUCUGGAAGAAGCCACUUAGUCUGCUCAGCUUGUUUUUUUUUUGCUAACCGCAUCUCCUUAAGCCGCUGUGUCAAAUCUCUUUCUCCCUGUGUAAGAUUUGUCAAUCUUAUUAAAGAGAACACUCUUGCACUGCUAAAAAAAAAUUCAUCCA